UUGAAAAAAAUGAAUUCUUCGAGUGUGACCAAUUUUCUUUUAUGCGUUUGCGUUUUAUUUUCUGCGAUCGAAUGUAUGCGACGUACGGGGAACCCAGGAAGAAGUAAAGGGAAUUCUGGAGGAAGUGAGAAAAAUAAAUUACCUCAAAACAUUAGAGGAAAUUUUUUUGAGAAAAAUCCGGGAGGAAAAUUUAAUCAAGGAGGAACAAGUCAUCACGGAACUCCAGGACUGAAGUUUGCUGAUGGAGCAAAAACUUCUAUUAUUCACCCAGGGGCACCGCGAUUGUCUGAUCUGAAUGAGGCAACUAAAUACUAUCAUGUGGAUCCUAACGGUGGAUAUCCAUAUAAAAGAGAAUUUGUUAAUGAAUUUAAGGAUGAUGAGCAUCAAAAUGUUGGAGCACAUCAACCUGUCAGCUUCCUGACCAUUCUAACCAUAUGCGCGAAGGUGAUCAAGAAUAAAUGGCGAAAAAUAGAAUGUGAAUCGCGGAUUGUAAAAAGUUAUGACACCUUUGAUCAACAAAAAGAACAUUUGAAAAUUGAAAAAACAAACUAG